AUGUAAUGUCUUAGAAUAUAUGCAAAGUUACUUAAGAGGGAACCCCCUUCUCUUUGAACACUUAGACCUUACAUGCUACCAGUUUUAUUAGAGCAUCGAAAAAGACCACGAUCAGGCUUAUUGAAAGUUCAUUAACAAUACAUUUCAAAUGCAAAUCGUAUCGAGUUAGCAUACCUCUUUUAUGAGUUUAUACAGUGAAACUUUUCUGUUCAUAAAACAAUAUUUAUCUAUUCAAAAAGAACAGAAAUAUAUUUAAAGAUUCGGAAAAUGUAGUGUAGUGAUUUGUGGUGUCCAAAAGGCUUUUAGAAUGAACCUCGUAAAUCUAUUGGAAUUGCAGGUUUUGUAUACAUUUUGCUCUUAUUUGCAAUUAGCGAGUAUGGUAACUGCAGCAAUUUUACCACCCCCAUGGGCAAAUCCAAAUAUAAACCCUUGUGCUUCUAAGCCUAGGGGUUGGCAACUAUUAUUCUGGCCACCGGAUGGCCAAUGCUAUAAAAUAUUCCAGAUGGGUUACCCAUGCCCAGAAACAAUGGAACUUAGUCCAGUUACAUUCGGACAAAAUUACACCGCUGACAACUCGUUUAUUUUUUAUUUAAUAAAGUACCUAUCAGACUUAGAAGUUUCUUUCGACAUUUACGUUAGUGUAUUUUUAGAUGGGUUACCCAUGCCCAGAAACAAUGGAACUUAGUCCAGUUACAUUCGGACAAAAUUACACCGCUGAGUGUAGAUGUCCGCCCAAAACUGCCUUGCAUGAAGAUGAGAAUCGAUGCUACCAAAUUUUUACUAAAGGGCCAUGUCCAAAGGGUUAUUUUUUCGGACCGAAUGAAGAACGCUCUAAUAAAACCACAAAACUACACCUGGGUGCUUGCCAAAAAAUAAAGAAAUGUCCUAGUACAAACGAAAUAUAUUAUCCUAAGACAAAUCGUUGUUACAACACCUUAACAAGAGGACCAUGCCCUAAAGGACUUCUGAUAACCGUUUCAGAUGAAGAAAUUGCUAAAUGUGAGUGCUCCAAUAAUGGCCACACCAAGCAAAAUUAUUACACGCAAACUAAAAGCUGUUUUGAACAUUUUACCAAAGGACCAUGCAAGGAAAGGGGGGCCAUAUUUCUGCCAGAAAAAGAAUGUGGGUGUAAUGACCUUCUACCCCACUUUGAUAAAAAUACAGAAAUGUGUUACGAAAUAGGAACUGCAGGACCUUGUCAACCUGGAGAACACUUCCUAGUUGAACCUAAUGAAUACAACGCACGAUGUCAGUGCAAAGCUGGUUAUGUACGAUACGAACUUGAUUCGAAGUGCUACCGACCCUACACCCAAGGACCUUGUCCGGCACAUCACAUACUCCUCAAUUCAACCACUUGUAUAGUUCAACCUUGCAAUCGUGGUCAUUUAUAUUUCCCUGAUGAAGGAAAAUGCUUCAGAAUAGGCAUGAGAGGCCCUUGUGCCCCUGGAAAACUUGUAACCUUCGAUUUUGACACAAAGCCUUCACUAGAGGGCGUGUCUUACCGAGGAAAGUGCCAUUGCAACGCGCGCACUUCUUGUGAAAAAAGUGAAAUUCAAAAGUGUGCUGGUAACAAAAACAAUGUGUACUAUGAGGGACGGUGUUACGAAUUAUAUAAAAAGGGGCCAUGUCCCGAAGGUGCGUGGAUGGCGAUUAAAAGACAAAAACGGGACCAAAUUUGGGACGAAGGGAGUUACUUAGAGGGAAUUUGUGAGUGUAUACCCGGUUUUAAGACGAUCUCUGGGAAGAAUAAUGAGUUAAUCGAAUGUGUCUCUCCGACUGAAAUUUUAGCUAUUUAUCUAAACGAUCAGUAUUCAUUAGCAACCGAUUUAAACUAUAAUAAAAACACGUGAAAUCGACGGUAUGUUUAGUGAAUAAAAACAAUUAUCUAUUUAUUUAAAUCUAAAUCCUGUAAUGACUUUUACUUUAGUUCAAAUAAAAUGAAUUUAGAAAAUUAGAUAUUUUGCAGUAUUCACCUUUAAACUCCAAAAGCCACAAACUUUCAUUAUGUUAGGGUUCCUUUUAAAAACCCUUUUUAAUUCAUU